AUGAGUCUUUUCUGGGUUUUGGUAUGUAUGGCAUGUCAUGUCAUCCAUGUAUUGUACGAAUACCCACAAAGUGUUUCUCGAACUUGCAAGGAGAAGGAGAAGGAAAAUAAGACGUACCGUAUUUGGGACGGCUAUCUCCCCCUCGUUUCGCUCCUUUCGCCUCUCGCAACAUACCUACAUUACAUACCACAACCAAAAACAAAGACAAAGGGAAGCGAAAAAAGAAGUACAUACAACACCAGGGAUUCGCUGGUGGUCACCCACCCAACUACUAGUCUGGCGAUUAGAAGCUUAUC